AUGCAACCUGUCGGUGUUUGGUGGUGGAGCCUGUGGGGGCUGCUGCUGCGCCUGCUCUGCAGUCCGUGCCUGGGCUCUCCAACCCCAUCCACGGCACCUGAGAAGAGGGCCGGGAGCCAGGGGCUGCGGUUUCGGCUGGCUGGUUUCCCCAGGAAGCCAUCCGAGGGCCGCGUGGAGAUACAGCGGGCUGGUGAAUGGGGCACCAUCUGCGAUGAUGACUUCACGCUGCAGGCUGCUCAUGUCCUAUGCCGGGAGCUGGGCUUCACAGAGGCCACAGGCUGGACCCACAGUGCCAAAUAUGGCCCUGGAACAGGCCGCAUCUGGCUGGACAACCUGAGCUGCAGUGGGACUGAGCGGAGUGUGACUGAAUGUGCCUCCCGGGGUUGGGGGAACAGUGACUGUACCCACGAUGAGGAUGCUGGGGUCAUCUGCAAGGACGAGCGCCUCCCUGGCUUCUCAGAUUCCAAUGUCAUUGAGGUCUGUAAGCAUCACCUGCAAGUGGAGGAGGUGCGACUUCGGCCAGCCGUUGGAAGGGGCAGCCGGCCCCUGCCCGUGACUGAGGGACUGGUCGAAGUCAGGCUUCCGGAUGGCUGGUCGCAAGUGUGUGACAAAGGCUGGACUGCGCACAACAGCCACGUGAUCUGCGGGAUGCUGGGCUUCCCGAGCGAAAAGCGGGUCAACGUGGCCUUCUACAGGCUGCUGGCCCGGCGGCAGCAACACUCCUUUGGUCUGCACGGGGUGGCAUGCGUGGGCACGGAGGCCCACCUCUCCCUCUGCUCCUUGGAGUUCUAUCGAGCCAAUGACACCAUCAGGUGCCCUGGGGGGGCCCCUGCGGUGGUGAGCUGUGUGCCAAGCCCUCUCUACGCAGCAUCCAGUGGCCAGAAGAAGCAACAGUCGAAGCCUCAGGGGGAGGCCCGAGUGCGUCUAAAGGGUGGAGCCCACCCAGGAGAGGGCCGGGUAGAAGUCCUGAAAGCUGGCACGUGGGGCACAGUCUGUGAUCGCAAGUGGGACCUGCAAGCAGCCAGCGUGGUGUGUCGGGAGCUAGGCUUCGGGAGUGCUCGAGAGGCUCUGAGUGGUGCCCGCAUGGGGCAGGGCAUGGGUGCCAUCCACUUAAGUGAAGUUAGAUGCUCUGGACAGGAACUCUCUCUCUGGAAGUGCCCCCACAAGAACAUCACAGCUGAAGACUGCUCCCAUAGCCAAGAUGCUGGUGUCCGAUGCAACCUGCCCUACACUGGGGUGGAGACCAAGAUCCGACUCAGCGGGGGCCGCAGCCGCCAUGAAGGGCGAGUGGAAGUACAGACAGGGGGCCCAGGCUCCUUUCGCUGGGGCCUCAUCUGCGGAGACGGCUGGGGGACACUGGAGGCCAUGGUUGCCUGCAGGCAGCUUGGGCUGGGCUAUGCCAACCACGGCCUGCAGGAGACCUGGUACUGGGAUUCGGGGAAUAUAACAGAGGUGGUGAUGAGUGGAGUGCGCUGCACAGGGACUGAGCUGUCCCUGGACCAGUGUGCUCAUCAUGGCACCCAUGUCACCUGCAAGAGGACAGGAAGCCGUUUUACUGCUGGAGUCAUUUGUUCUGAAACCGCAUCAGAUCUGCUGUUGCACUCAGCACUGGUGCAGGAGACCGCUUACAUCGAGGACCGGCCCCUGCACAUGUUGUAUUGUGCUGCUGAAGAGAACUGCCUGGCCAGCUCAGCCCGCUCAGCCAACUGGCCCUAUGGCCAUCGGCGUCUGCUCAGAUUCUCCUCCCAGAUCCACAACCUGGGACGUGCUGACUUCAGGCCCAAGGCCGGGCGCCACUCCUGGGUGUGGCAUGAGUGUCAUGGGCAUUAUCACAGUAUGGACAUCUUCACUCACUACGAUAUCCUGACCCCCAACGGCACCAAGGUGGCCGAGGGCCACAAAGCUAGUUUCUGUCUAGAAGACACCGAAUGUCAGGAGGAUGUCUCCAAGAGGUAUGAGUGUGCCAACUUUGGAGAGCAGGGCAUCACUGUGGGCUGCUGGGAUCUCUACCGGCAUGACAUCGACUGUCAAUGGAUUGACAUCACAGAUGUGAAACCAGGAAACUACAUUCUGCAGGUGGUCAUCAACCCCAAUUUUGAAGUAGCAGAGAGUGACUUCACCAACAACGCCAUGAAAUGUAACUGCAAAUAUGAUGGACAUCGCAUCUGGGUGCACAACUGUCACAUUGGGGAUGCCUUCAGUGAAGAGGCCAACAGGAGGUUUGAACGCUACCCUGGUCAGACCAGUAACCAGAUCAUCUAA